GAUUAGUUUUACUCGUUCAUUGUUGAAAAGUAGCAGAUUUUUGUGAAAGAGUGUUAUUUUCUUGUCCACAAAGAACUACAGAAAAUAAUAAAUCAUAUUCAUUGGGCCAAGUGUAUUUUUAUUGAACUGAUUGCUACUGGUCAUUAAAUUUUAAUUGCUCCGAAAAGUGAAAAAGUUAUAGCAAACUAGAGUGCAUUAACAAUAGCAGCAAGGAACGAUGGAGGACCUUUAUAAUACUUCGAAACUGUCGGAGCCUGCAUCUCCAGUUGCAUCUGUUGCAUCCGCAGAUAUUGCUGCCGAGUUUGCUGCGCUCACUGUUGAAGAGCAGGAAAGACAACGUGCCGAAUGGAGUCAAGAGCUUGCACGUGUCGAAGAGGAGAUAAAUACGCUGCGUACAGUAUUGGCAUCGAAAACACGACAUUCUUCAGAGUUGAAACGCAAAUUGGGCAUUACCAUGUGGAAAGAGAUUACAGACGAUAUGAAUCAAGGCCUGAAAAAUGUCAAAGAGAGUUCUGUUUAUCAAAGCGUCGAACAAAGUGUUGGUAAUCUGUCAAAGGCCGUACAUGAGGCCCCAAUUUUCCAACGCACCGAAUCGGUGCUCAAGUCAACAUCGGAAAAGACCGCAUCGGUAUUUGGUAGCAUAACCAGCGGCAUAACAUCGAAAUUCUCACAAAUGAAAAACUCGGAAUCGAUGCGUUCGAUUGAAGAGAAGGUUGGCUCAGCCUAUGAGAAUGUUAAAACUUUAACCCGUGUAAUGCAAUGGCGUUUAUAACAUUUAUCCUAAACAUUAUGUAUUACAACCAUGAAUAUUAAAAAAACAUUGCUUCGCAGUUGAUUAAAAAAACUGCAAAAAAAGUAAAAAAGCAUGAAAUGAGCUUUACAAGUUGAAGGCGUGUCAACGCGUAAUAGCAGAGUUGUGUGCAGCAGCAUUUUUGAAUAUUAUUUCCAUAAAACUAUUGAUCUAAAUAUAUUCCACUUUGAAAAUACAAUAAUAUUGUUAAGUGUAUUUUUGCUAAAUAAAUAAAUAAAAAUCAAUAAAUGAGUGUA